AUGGAUUUGGCCGAAAAAGUUGCUUCUAUUGUAUCUAAAAAGUUUGAGGAGCAACUGAGGCUACAGAGAGAGGAAAUAACGGCCCUGAAAGAAGAUCUAACUGUCCUAAAGGAGGAAAACACCAAUCUUCAUGUUCUUGUUGAUGGCUCGAGUCUUUUGAUAGGGGUAAUAUACAGGCCACCCAAUACCAAUUGUAAUGAGUUCUUUGCUUGCUUUGAGGAUACUCUUUUACAGUUUUUUACGACUACCGAUAAAAUAUUGUGCUUGGGUGAUUUUAAUAUUGAUUUCUUGGAUGACAGUUCUGCAAACACCAGUACAUUAAAUAAUAUUUUACACACUUUUAAUCUAAGUCAAUAUGUUUCUGAGCCAACUAGAUUGACUAAAAAAACCCAAAGUAUUAUAGAUUUAAUCUGUUUUGAUAGUGAUUUUAAAAUUAAUACUGAGGUAGAAGAUCUUAAUAUUUCGGAUCAUCUUCUCACAAGAUGUAACAUUCCUUUUCAAAAUGAGGCUCCACCGAGCUCGACAGUGGUUUAUAGAAAUUAAAAAAAAAUUAAUUUGGCUGAAUUUCAAAUGGAUUUAGAAAUGAUCGCUUGGAAUGAAAUUUAUAACUUAGAUACAGUUGAUAAAAAAGUUAAUUUUAUUACGUCAAAAUUAACAACCCUAUUUAAUGCACAUGCUCCUCUUAAAACUAGAAAAACAAACAAUAAAAAACCAUACUGCCCGUGGUUUACGGAUAAUUUGAAAUUAUUAAAAAAGUUAAGGACUGAUGCACUUAAUCGCUUUCGUCAUUCACGUUUGCCAGAACAUUGGGAAUACUAUAAACAGCUUCGGAAUACAUUUACAUCAGCACUUCGAGCUGAAAAAAAAACAUAUCUAAAUAUUAAGCUUUCAAACUGUAAUGCAAAAGAAAAAUGGGCGGAAUUAAAAGUUACUGAGGAAACUAUUUCUAAUAUUAUACUUAACAUGAAGUCAACUGCAUCUGGAAGUGACAAUAUUAAUAGCACUUUUUUAAUAUUAUGCUGCCCCUUUGUUAUACCUUACCUGACCCACUUAAUAAAUUGUUGUUUACGAAAUUCAGUUUUUCCAAGUGAUUGGAAAUGUGCUAUAGUGGUUCCGCUUCCUAAACCAAGAAUGUUGAAAAACCAGCAACAAAGAAACGGUAACAAUCGUCAAUAA